UGCCCAAGGUCGUGAGACGGCGAAGGAGAGCAAUCGUACACGGUUGGAUUUGUUUUCACUUGGUGCUCUAUUUUAUAUGUGCUGUUAUCUAUCUGCCUGGAACUGAAAAAAGCAAAAAAAAAAAAACACCCCUCCGCCCCUAUCUUCAAGAGUUGAAAUAUCAUGUUUACCGUAAGUUUUUUUAAGCCAUCCCUCAAUCCCCCCUACGUUGGAGGAGGUGGUGUGUGUUUUUGAAAAAUGGGCGAAACUAACGAGCCAAUGCAGAACAUCAAGAACUUUAUCCGUCAAGAUCAGCACAAGCGUGAUAAGCAUAACCAUCACACUGCUUAUGACUAUAACGAGCUUGCGACUGAACUCGUUCGAGAAGAACGCAAACUGCAUAACCCAGAACAUCCGGGCUUGGACAACUACCAGAUCAUUGAUAAGCUGGGAGAAGGUGCCUUCUCCACGGUACACAGGGCUCUGCAGCUGAGCACGCAGGAGAUGGUUGCGAUUAAGAUCAUCAAGAAGUUUCAGAUGGACUCCAACCAGAGGGCAUCCGUGCUGAAAGAGGCGACAAUCCUGAGACAGUUGAAUAACGAUCACAUUGUGAAGUUUGUCGAGUUCAAGGAGGUUGACGAGUUUUACUACAUCAUCCAGGAAUUGGUUGAAGGUGGCGAGAUCUUCAACGAAAUCGUUCACUUCACAUACCUCUCUGAAAACUUGACACGCCAUAUAUUGAGACAAGUUGCAGAAGCAGUGAGAUACUUGCAUGAAGAGGUUGGUAUUGUACACAGAGAUAUAAAACCCGAGAACCUGCUCUUCCAGCCGAUCCCUAUGGUUCCUUCAAAGCAUAGACACUUGAGAAAGAGCGACGACGUCUCCAAAGUUGAUGAAGGUGAAUUCAUCAAUGGUGUUGGUGGCGGUGGUAUCGGUAUCGUUAAAUUGGCUGAUUUUGGUUUAUCGAAGCAGAUUUGGUACGACAAUACAAAGACGCCAUGUGGAACAGUUGGCUACACUGCCCCAGAGAUUGUUCGUGAUCAACACUAUUCCAAAUCUGUUGAUAUGUGGGCAUUGGGCUGUGUCCUGUAUACGAUGCUCUGUGGGUUCCCACCUUUUUAUGAUGAGAAGAUUGAUGUAUUAACUGCGAAAGUUGCCCAUGGUGAAUACCAGUUCCUCAGACCCUGGUGGGAUGAGAUCAGUCCUGGUGCAAAGAAUUGUGUCAAACGCCUUUUAACUGUCAACCCAAAGCAUAGGUAUGAUAUAAACCAACUUCUCAAUGACCCAUGGCUCAACGAAUCAGAAUGGAAAAAACCUCAAAGACAACCAUAUGCAAAUUUCAAGCGUACCGAGUCUGUAUACUCCCCUGCUGCAAGAGCACUCAAAGAUGCAUUUGAUAUCUCUAACGCUGUUCACAGAAUUGGAGAGGAAAACUUGAUAAACCUUAAGCCACAGUCUGAUGAGAUAUUAGAAGAGGAGGAGGAAAACAUGGCAAUGGCAAAUUCCCAGCCAACUGUUGGUGACGUGGAGACUGGCAGUGGAAGGUAUAUCAAAGAGGUGAAGCUGGAUACUCAACCUAGAAACGGACAACAAUGUCACCUAGAGACUAAAGGUGCCUUUGAACUCAGCUUGAACACUUCCACCAUCCUGAACAGAAGAAAAAAUAAAGCUGUGCUUAGCUGAUAAACUGAUUAAUGCCGUUAUUUGCGAUCUUUCCUUAUGUUUUGAUGUUAAAGCUGAGUUUUAUAAUUUAAUGAGGACAAAUGACGUGAGAUUUAUACUAUAUAUUGAACAUUAUGAAUGCAAUGCUAUAAAGCUUGUAAUCUUG